GUGGAGAAUUUGCAUAAAGCAGCAACACAGGCACGCGCUGAUGUACGAGGUGAACAAAGUUGGGCGCAUUUGAGGGAUGUCUUCAAACAGAUUGCAGGAUGGAAACUGUUGGGAGGAGGAAGUGGAGCAACUUGAACCUCCUUUGCCACUCAAGUCUGAGGAUGAGCGUGAUUGGACCCAACAUUUUUGUCAGCGAUCCCAAAGCCUAACCCUCCCCUCCCAAAACUGGAUACAACGUCAGGUGUCGCCAAGCGUCUCUGUGAACGUGCCGCAUUUCUCUGUGCCGCCAGAGGUCAGCGGCGUGACCUUACCAACGGCGGCCUCCUCCGCCGCUUGGUCCGCAGCCUCGCACGUGCAACAGAGACGAGGAAGCUUGCUAAAUGAGUCGAGGAAAAUCUUCAUUACCUGCUCCUCGGACUCUUCUUGUGAGAUGAUGGCCUUUGUUGACUUUCUGUCCAAACAUGGCUUCCAAGCUGCGGUUGACGGGCCCCUCACAACCUGGGAGGACACAAUUAUGAAAGACCCAUCCACGCCCAUCAUUGUGGCUAUCAGUCCGCGCUACAAGGCCGACAUUGAAGGCUGUGCUGUGCACACCCACGGUCUGCACACUAAAUACAUUUACUCCAUGAUGCAGCAUGAAUUUAUCCAACAAGGCAGCUUGAACUUCCGCUUCAUACCUGUGCUCUUCCUUAACGCCUCCCAGAAGGAUGUUCCAGGAUGGCUUCAGAACACUCGCGUGUACCGCUGGCCGCGUGACACGGACGACCUGUUAUUGCGACUGCUGAGGGAGGAAAGAUUUGUUCCUCCUCCGGUGCAUGGGGAGCCCUCACUCAUCAUCACACCUGUGGCUGCCACACCUUAAAUCCUACGUCUUAUAUUUAGGCAUAUGAUAAUUUUGCAAAAUGCUUUAUAAUCUUUUUAUACCUUCAAGAAAAAAACAGUAAUAAAACAUUUGAUUUG